GAGGUAGGAGAGGGGGGUAAAGAGAGACCGAACUUUGGUGCCGCCCAUUGUACCACCGGUGCUGCUGCAGCAUCACUUUCCACCGCGCACUAACGCAGUGAGGACACAAUACGGACACAGUGCACGUCGUUAGAAAACGAGUCGACUUGAGGACUUACAUCGAAACGCGGGGGAAAGAAGCACCCAGAAAAUUGUACACUCUCUGACGACACGAAGAAGACAAAAAGCACGGGUUUUUAUUUCCUUUUAUUUUUUUAAUGUCCCCUAGCCACGAAAGGGAAUGCCAUCUAUAAAUAUGAAACUGGAGAUGGUGACCAUCAUCGCCUGCGAGGUAGAUACAGAGGUGUUUACGUCCGACAAAAUGCAGGAACGUUUCGAGGCCUUGUUCAGGAGCUACGACGAGCAGACCACCUUCCAGAUGUUCAAGAGUUUCCGGAGAGUUCGCAUCACCUUCGGGACCCCGGAGGCGGCUGCGCGCGCACGCAGCGAACUGCAUGAGACAGAGUUCAACGGCCAGCAACUCAAGCUCUUCUUUGCUCAGGUCCAAAAUGGAGGCGAGGACGUGGACAAGGCGUACCUGGCGCCCCCCCAGCCCGUUAAGCAGUUCCUGAUCUCCCCCCCCGCCUCCCCCCCCGGGGGGUGGAGCCAGAGCGAAGACGCCACGCCCACCAUCAACUACGACCUGCUGUGUGCGGUGGCCAAGCUGGGACCCGCAGGGGAGAAGUACGAGCUGCACGCGGGCACCGAGUCCACCCCCAGCGUGGUCGUGCACGUGUGCGAGAGCGAGGCAGAGGAGGAGGCGGAGGCCCGGCCAAAGCAGAAGAUCGUCCAGACCCGACGUCCCGAAGGCGCUCCCAAUGUCUUGAACUAAAAGACGGAAGACACUCCUUUCACCCACCACCAAUGACCUUCUCUCUGUCUCUCUGUCUCUCUCUCUCUCUCUCUCUCUCUCUCUCUCUCUCUUACACGCUCUCUCGCUAUCUGUGCGCCGGUGGCACUGCGUUCGCCCCCCCCAACCCCCCCCCCCCCCCCCCCUCCCCAGCCCCACCCCUUAUAUCCAUGAACACACCUGGCUGUCUCAAUUUCUCUCUCUGUCUCGUCUUGAUCGGCCCGUGCAGAGACGAGUGGCGACGCCCCCCAUCAUUUCAGUUCAACUACUUAGCGAAUCGAAAACCGACAAACAUCGACAACCGUGUUUGUAGGGGGGGCGGAUGCGUGCCGAUGGAACGAGGUGGCCUGAGUGGAAGGUAAGGAGGGGAGGGGGGAGGAAGGGGGGUGGGAGUGGAUGGAUGAGAACCACACACACACACACACACACACACACUCAUCAUUUACAUGCAGUGGACCCCGUGGGGACUUGUGGCAGCAUCCCCACCUCUCGACGUGCCCCACCCUGACCCCUGGCCCCUCAGCCGCAGACGGUUCCCAGGCAGGGGGGGAUAAGAACAAAAAAACGACGGAAAUCCCAUAUUCACACUUUCAUACACGCUUUCUAUCUAUUGCUAGUGCUCGGUGAUGUUAGAUGUUUGCCUUUUGCGAAAGUCUCGACUCUCCUUUUUUUCGUCUGGGUAUGUUUGGAUAUUUGUUGCUAUUUGACUGAGGCACACGGCUAACCUUUCUUAUUUUUUUCUUCAAAUGUUUUAUUUUGCCUUUUGCUCCUCCGGUUCUGUACUGUAUGUCUCUUCCUUGGGAUUUUUCCAUCCUCCAUUUUCAUGUUCCCUCUUCAGUGUAGGCCUAUGUGGCAUCAGGACUGACUGCGCCAUGUUCCUGCUCUUGACUGCAUGAGUAUAUAUAUAUAUACAUAUAUAUACUGUAUUACAAAACAGAAACACAGAAUGCUCAACAUAUCUAAAGAAAAAAGGAUCGUAUUUAACGUUUCAAUGCACACACGCACACACACACACACACACACACACACACACACACACACACACACACACACACACACACACAGCAUGGAGCACCAUGUGUAACUGAUCAAAAAAAGUUGUAGUGGACGUUCUUUUCUCACUCUUUGACUUGUUCAUUUUAAAGAUGUGUUGUGUUUUUAUUUUUUCUGAUACUACUAGAUGUGUGUACUCCUAAAUAUGUAUUUGAUACACAAAUAGUUUUUUUGCAUGCAAGUUAUUUCUGUAGUCAAAGAGCUGCAGCGUUUUUCUUUUCUACUGUUUACGAGUGGUGACGGCAAAACGGAAUCAUUGUCUUUGAAGUGAACGCAUAUCUAUGCUAUAUACGAGACUGACAAAAAAAAGCCUGGAUUUUAUGAAGAAACUCAAUUUGGCAGUUCGGUGGUUCCUCCUUUCAACUUGACGACAAACCGGCCUCUAAUUGCGUCCUUUUGUCUGUAUUCAAACAUCAGAGUCAGAUUGCUGAAGACACCUUCGAUUGACAAUUCUUAAUUCCCGUCUAGGAACCUAUUUUAUUAUUCGUUAUUAAACAUAUUUUGCAUGUGUUUAAAUUGGUGCGUCUCACAUCUCAACCUCUUAUUACUUUUCUAUGAGGCCUCUUUGUAUGGGUCGGGGUUUUCCUUCCGGAACCUUCUAGUGCUUGUUUUGCACAGAGUACCUCUUGAUAUCUCUGAGCGACAGUGCGGGACCACGCCCCGUUCCCAUCGACGGUCAUCCACCCUGAUCCCUAAUGUCAAAAGCUGAAUAGUGCGGUGAAAAAACAAACCAUUUAUUUGGAUCUACUAUCUUACUACAAGAAGCAUUUUUGUUUUUGCAGAGAAAGGUUGGUAGAAAAAAAGAAAAGUAGCCUCAUGAGAAAUCAACCAAAGCAAUCACUGACUCACUGACUCUCUCCAGCAUCUACUACACGUCAAAAUCACAUUGAUUUUUGUUAGAUUGCUUAAUUUUUUAUUAAUUUUCCUGUUAAAUAAUGUUUUAUUUCAGUUAAUUAGUUUGGGAAUUUGAAUUGACUGGGAUUCUGGGAAACAUCUUCAGGCUGCUUUCAUACGAGUUUAAACUAACCAAGAUCGAUACAACUUUUUAUUUUUACAUUCUUUUUAGAAUCCCAUCAACUGAUUCGAUCUCGUCCAGUCAUACUUUAGUGAUGUUAUAGAGAAGUUAAUCGAACAACUGAUUAGUACAGGAGGGUCAUUGGGGAGUCUAAACCAUAUUUGUAUUAGGGAGCAUGAAAUCUACAGAAAAAAAUACUUUAUUUUGCUAUUUCGAUAUUAGCUAGCAAAAGACGAGUCUCUGCAUGCAAGCACUUUAUUGUCAGUAUUUUGUUACAUUUUCUCCACACUGUGUAAAUGAUUCAUGCUACAAUGGAAAUGUAGAAUACACACUGUACAUAUAUUUUUUGCUUUCUUUUGUGCUUUCUUAUUUUCUUUCCUUCGCUCAAGCUGAACACCUGGGUAGCCUUCUCACCAGCAUAUUGCCAGUGAGUGAAACACACGUUUCUCAAUUUAUAUUUCCUUAUUCUAGUGUGUACCUUCGCGGUCAGUGCAACUGUACUUUAAAACAAAUAAUGAAUGAGUCGAAAUGGAUGGGAAGAUUUUUACAAACGCGACAGUGAUAUGUGACGGUUGACACUGUAGAGCUGAUUUUGAUCUUCUGUUGGUCCAUAUUAGUGUGUUCUUUCAGGGGCACAUUUCAUGGCGAAUGAAUGCAGUCCUCUUAUUUAAAUGGCCCACAUUAACAUAGUGUCAUUUUAACAGUAUGUGUCCGUUGAACUGGCUGCGGAAAAAUGGGGAACAUGUUUUAUGGAAGAAAAAGCAGAUUUGCAGGAGAGAGAAACCUAUUUGAAAUUGUUGUUGUUUUUUUACUGUCUGUGGUUAAUGGUUAUUUGAAGAUCGUUGAAUAAUGAUUAUGAUUGGAAGGAAAAUGUAUAUUUAUGUACAUAUGCCAAGUGUAUUUGUUGCGAGGCCAGUCCCAGUGUGCAGUUUUAUGGCUUCUCUUUAUGUUACAAAGAUACAAAAUAAUAAAAUGAAGUCCUGACAAUGCUCGAUCUAAA